CAUGUGGCGAAAAAACUAUCAUAAUCUCCUCUCUCCCCUUAUUCAAUUUAUUUAAUAUUAAUUUUUAAUUUUAUGGGAAUUUUCAUAUGCUAAUUUAACCUCAACUUACUCAAUUAUAUAGAUGGAGAAUCAUCUUCUAUAAAUCAUAUAAGAAUUAUUGACUACUGUCAUCACAUAAUUACUCCUUCUUUUCCGAAUACCCACUUCAUUCGUUUUAUACCAUCUCAUGUCAUUAUUUUCUUAGGUAAAUAAAUAUUUAUGCAUACUUUAUUAAUACCUAUUGAAACCACUACUAACUUUUAAUUACUUUUGA